UUCAUUUUUUUCCAACCUCGAUUUUUUUUUUUUUUGACUUUUUACAUGUAUAAGGGAUUAAUUUGCAAUUGCGACCUGUACAAAUGUUUAAGACAGUAAAACACUUAAAAAAAUGUAAACACAUUAUAAAUGUUAGAAAGUAUAGGUUUUCACCAUUGCUGUGUUCAGGAUUUUUUUUUGGGCGGAGCUAAAACGGUGGCUCGAUGACGCACUGGAGCCACUGAGCUCCUGGCCCCUCCCCAAACAACAUAACUAGAGCACACAUUCGCGUCAGUUCGCCGUUCAAUCGCGAGUUUCUGUGGACUACCAUCGUUUAAAUACCUUGACCGGAGCAUAACUGGUUAACUUCACACAAGAGACCUACUGUUGGACAAUCGUUUUGGCUUUAAAGGUAAAUGCAUUGUUAGUUACAAUGUCUAGUUACUGGGCCAAAAGGAGACGAAUAUUGAAAGGAGUUGAGAGGGACAAACAGGAAAUUGCAGCUGCAAACGAUGCUCUACUUGCUGUUAUUCCUGACUUUGACCAAGUAAAUCCUCCUGUAAAUGAACAUCAACAUGGAAUGGCUUCAACAAGCCAUGGACAAACUGUAACCCCUGAAGCACAGGAAAUAACUGUUGAUGAGGUGUAUGAACCUAGUGAAAUUUUUUCCUCAAGCACAGAAGAUAGUGAGGAGGAAGAGGAUUGCCUAAGGACACAAUUGGCAGGGUGGGCUAUUGACAACAUGAUCCCCCAUGUGGCACUGGGUAAGCUUUUAACCAUUUUGUCCAAGGAUCAUCCAACCCUUCCUAAAGACCCAAGAACCCUUCUGAAAACAGUGACUUGUGUUAAAACAACAGAACUCUCAGGUGGUGUAUACCAUCACUCUGGAAUUGAAAGUGGAAUACUAUCGCAGUUUUUAGUGUCUCCUGAAUUGCAGAAGUUGACGUCAGUUUCAGUGCAAGUUAAUGUUGAUGGACUUCCACUUUUCAAAAGCUCAAAUGCCCAGUUCUGGCCAGUUCUUGGUUUAAUUGAGCAAUACGUGUGUAAUGUCCAACAAAACAAACUUCCAUUUGUCAUUGGUCUCUAUUAUGGGAAGAAGAAGCCAAGCAGCCUUCACUUUUUGAAUCCUUUUGUAGAAGAGGCACAGCGACUUGAAGCGGAAGGAGUUCUGUUUGAAAGGAGAGCACUUCCUUUCAAAAUAUCAACAUUUAUCUGUGACGCCCCUGCUCGUGCACUUGUUCGAAAUGUGAAAGGUCACAGUGGAUAUUAUGGGUGUGACAAGUGUGUUCAAAAGGGGGUCCACUACGAGAACAGGAUGACCUUUCCUCAAACAGAUUCUGCUCCAAGAUUAGACCAUGCAGUCCGUGAUGAACUUUCUGAUGACAGUCAUCAGUGUGGAGAAACGCCAUUGGCAUUGUUGUCUGUUGGUUUGGUCACCCAGUUCCCACUGGAUUAUAUGCAUCUGGUAUGCCUUGGAGUGACAAGAAAGUUGUUGCAUCUUUGGCUAAAGGGACGGCGGCUGACAAGAUUUUCGCCCAGCAUGGUAAAAGAGCUCUCCAGAGUACUCCUGACCUUCACACCUCAUGUUCCGUGCGAGUUCAACAGGAAGCAACGAUCCAUGGAAGAUGUUGAGCGUUGGAAAGCUACAGAAUUCAGGCAGUUCCUCUUGUACACUGGACCAGUCAGCUUAAAAGGCCUUGUACCAACUAUAAAGCAUGUUUUAGAGACAUGUUCCUGAAGACCAUUGUUCAAAGAGCCAUCCGGAAGAACCCGGCAACACAGGAUGCCACUGAUGAAGCCAUCCAGGUUAACGUUACGCGUUACCUGAAAGGAGCAUCUGACCGUGAAGGCGGAAAAAGGCGCCGCACAGCUGAGAGGGACCCACAGCCGACCCCUUAAACCUAGGCUGACUACUGACAUCCCAGCAUCACUGACAACUGGAACCCUUUCUUUAUCCUGCAGUCAGUAACAUCAAGACCCCUAAAGAAGCCAGAAGUGUCAGACUGCACUCCCCAAUCCACACUGUUCACUGUGGAUAUUAUCAUAGUGCUUAACUUAUUAUAUUGUUAAAUAUAGCUUGUAAAUCCUUGUGCCACAGGUCAGCAUUGCAGUUAUAUCUGUUCUACUACUUUUUUUACCUCAGUAUUUUUUUAUAUAUAUUUGAAGAUGUUUAUCACAGAUACAAGAGACAUCUUGUACCCCAGGUCAGCAAUGCCAUUAUAAUGGUCUAUUCUACUCCAGAGCUUUAUUCUAAAUUAUUACCACUUAUCUUAUUGUUAGAAAUGGCUUGUAAAUG